AUGACAUUAUUCCUGUUGUUGUUCCUGGCUACUGUGUUACCUCCAUCCCUUCUUCAAGAUGACUAUGAGAAUAAACAUCUUGAAGAUUUGUCAACCACUAAAGAAUCAGUCCAAGAAGAGAUUGUAAACAAGCACAACCAACUGAGAAGAAUGGUUUCUCCACCUGGUAGUGACUUAUUAAAGAUGCAAUGGAGCAAUGAUGCCCAAGUGAAUGCACAGAGAUGGGCAAACCAGUGCACUUAUGAACACAGUCCUCCAGAAGCCAGGACCACCAAUAUAAUAUGUGGUGAGAAUAUCUUCAGAACAAAUUACACGAAAUCAUGGACUUAUGUAUUACAAAGCUGGUAUGAUAAAUUCAAAUAUUUCAAGUUUGGCUUAGGUCCAAAUCCAAAUGAUGCAGCAGUUGGAAAUUAUACUCAGAUUGUUUGGAAUUCAUCUUACCAAGUUGCAUGUGGAGUUGCUGAGUGUCCUGACCAAUCAUUGAAAUUUUUAUUUGUUUGUCACUAUUGCCCUCUUGGUAAUACUAUAAGAAGGAAAUACAUUCCCUACACAAUAGGACAACCAUGUGCCCUUUGUCCUGAUCACUGUGAAGAUGGACUCUGCACAAAUAGUUGUGAAUAUGAAGACAGAUUUUCUAACUGUGCAGAACUAAAGGCAUCACAAAUCUGUGAAGACCCAAUUGUUUUAGAAAACUGCAAAGCUACAUACAAUUGUGAAGGCAAAAUUCAUUAA